AAUGUUCAAUCCGAGCAUGUUUUUUCAACAAGGUGAAACUACUUUCACUGGCCUUCAAGCGGGGGUGGGCAUUUCCUCUCAAAGUCUACCUCAAACAGUUAAUGAUGCGGCUACCUAAAAUCAAAGUUCAGGUUUGGCAGUUGGAUAAGUUUUCUUCUUACAUUGCAUUUGCUUCUGUUUCUCUGGAAGAAAGUUUUUGGACUUCAUUAACACCAGCUUUCUAUACUUCCCUCGCAUGGGCUGCUUCUUACUCACAGAUUGAGGAAAAUUGUGAUCUCUGCUCUGCAAGGAGUGAUGGCAGCUGGCAUGAGAAAUUUGGGAACAGUAUAAAUUCUAAACUGAAUGAACCCCAAACCCAGACAUUUCUGGCAUGUCUUCGUAAGAUGCAUUGCAGCCACAAGACAGAAGUGGUACUUAUCCACAUGACACCUCUUUUUUUGGAUAAAAAUUAUACCCAUCUUAUCGGGAUUUGAGGAAAUCUGUGGAAAAUAGGUGAUUACAAAUUUGUUAAUACUUUUGAUUGAUAAAAUCACAUUCAAAAAAUCUUUUUGAUUGAAAAAAUUGAG